AUGUCUGUCUUCAACAGUUCUACCUUAUACCCUCGCUUCUUCCUGACAGGCUUCUCCGGCCUGGAAAGCAGUUACGGACUGAUUUCUCUCCCCAUCUUCUUGGUUUAUGUCACUUCGAUUGCGGGGAACAUUACUAUCCUCUUCAUUAUAAGAACUGAGCCUUCCCUCCACCAACCAAUGUACUACUUCCUGUCAAUGCUGACUCUCACUGACUUGGGCUUAUCUACCACUACCUUGCCUACCAUGUUCAGUGUCUUCUGGUUCCAUGCCCGGGAGAUUCCCUUCAAUGCUUGUCUGAUCCAGAUGUACUUCAUUCAUGUUUUCUCAAUUAUUGAGUCUGCUGUGCUUUUGGCCAUGGCCUUUGACCGCUUUGUAGCAAUCCGAGAACCCUUGCGUUAUGCAGCCAUUUUAACCAAUAGUGUAAUCAUUGGGAUUGGGUUGGCAAUUGCUGGAAGGGCCUUGACUCUUGUCUUUCCAGCUUCCUUCCUCCUGAAGAGACUUCAAUACCGUGCUGUCAAUAUUCUCUCCUACCCCUUUUGCCUGCACCAGGACCUCAUAAAGACAACUGUCUCCAGCCGUCGGGUCAGUAGUAUCUAUGGCCUCAUGGUGGUUAUCUGUUCCAUGGGUCUUGAUUCAGUGCUUCUCCUCCUCUCCUACACCCUCAUCCUGGGCACGGUGUUGAGCAUAGCCUCCAAGGCUGAGAGAGUGAAAGCUCUCAAUACUUGCAUCUCCCACAUCUGUGCUGUUUUCACCUUCUAUACACCAAUGAUUGGACUAUCCAUGAUCCGUCGCUAUGGACAGAAUGCUUCUCCAAUUGUCCACGUGAUCAUGGCAAAUGUCUACUUGUUGGUCCCACCUCUGAUGAACCCCAUUGUAUAUAGCAUUAAGACCAAGCAAAUACGUGACAGAAUCCUCAAAAAAUUCAAGAAACACGCGGUUUAG